UAACAAGAAAUGUCAUUGAGGUCCAGCAAUUGCAGAUCCAAGCUAUGCUUGAAAUGCCACCUCCGUCUUGCGAAAAGGAUAUUCAGUGGUUGACUGGAAAGCUUGCUGCUUUAAUUCGUUUUAUCGUCAGAUUAUCUGAUACUUACAUACCAUUCUUUAAUUUACUUCAGGAGAUGUAAGGUUUUGAACGGGACCUCGAAUAUCGAACAACUUUUGACCAGAUUAAAGUUCAUCUCUCAUAUGCUCCAAUUUUCUCCCCGCUAGUACCAGGUGAAAAACUUUAUCUCUACAUAGCUCAUACUUCGUCAACUGUGAGUGUUAUACUGGUACGAGUUGAAGAGAACAAGUAGAAGCGAAUAUAUUACAUCAACAAGUCACCGACACCACCUGAAUUUAAGAAUUGUCAACUAGAAAAGUGAUCUUUGCUAUCUAUUUUUCUUAUGUCAAGCUCGUAUUAUACUUCUCGAGCAGGAAAGUGAAUGUAGUUACAAAUACCCAGUCGAGAAUAUGAUCUCAAAAGAGAACAGGACUGGAAGAUUAACUAAAUAGGGUAUUCAUUUGUAUUAACUUGGGCUAAACUGUAUGCCUAGAAGGCAAUCAAAGGCCAAGCUGUAGCAGAUUUCUUAGAAGAGUUCCCAGUUGAAAAUCCAGCUUUCGAUCUCGAGUUCUUAGAAGAUGAACUUGGAAAUACUACCUGAGCCAGAAAUGUAACCUAAUUGUGAUGAUUAAUCUUGCCCUCGAAGUAUGGAAAAUAAUCGUAGACGGAGCUUCAAAUAAACAAGGAGGUGGAGUUGGAGUUGUGAUAAUCACACCAGAAAACAGCUUUAUCGAACAUUCUUAUAUCUUGGCGUUCAUCCCAACCAACAACCAAGUUGAGUAUGAAGAAUUUUAGACUAUUAAUUUUAGCUGCAAAAAGUAAUAAUCUAAAAACGUUUUGUACUGAUUCCUAACUAGUUUUAAAACAGUUGGGAGGACAGUUCGAGGCCAGAGAUAUUGUUAUGAUAAAUUACAUAAAUCUCGUAAAACAAAGUGCUUGAGAGCUUCGACAAAGUAAACAUCAUACAUGAAUCUGUUGUCGAGGAUGUGAAAGAGAUGAGAGAAUUAAGUUUUAGUGUUAAGAUUCAAUAAGGGUAAAUUAGGAAUGUUAAGAUUCAAUGGAGAGUAAAUUGGUAGUCUAAUCCAAUUUAGAAACUUUUAGAAGGAGCCGAUCUGAGAAGAUCAAUCAACACCCAAGUCCUCUUUUCACUUCUUUUGUCUAGAUUAUUCAGUUUUUUUUUUUACGAAUUAAAGCUUGUUUCUGCUUGUUCUUGCUAUUUUGGGGGUUCUUUUCAUUAGAUCUGUGUUUUUUUUUGUGAAGAUAUGAUUUGUGUGAGAAGGAUGCAGAGCAUAUUGUCAUCAUCAGUUUUGAUCUAUGGUCAAAUCCUAACUACAACUUCAACUUCGUUACUUUAUCCAGAUCCAUCAAAUCAAAGCAUAUCUACUAUUGUGUCUGAUUUUGGUGAUGAUUGGUUUUCAGUUUUUAUUGUUAUAGGUUUAUUUGAUUUCAAUGUCUUUAGAUGUAUAACCGAUCUAAUUUUGGAUAAUAGUUCUAGUUUUAGCAUAACAACAACAAGAUUUCAAGAGUCACCGGCAGCAGGUACAGGUUAUAAGACAUCAACAACUUUGAUGAAGACACAGAAGAUACCAGUAACCAAUGCUUUCAGACCGAUCCCGGUGAAGUCCAAGACCGAUUCAGACCGAUUUCGUCCUCCGGUGACCGAUCCAGGUUCCCGAUGUUACUGUUACCAUUACCAAUGUUCAUGUUACUGUUACUUUGUGAAAAUCCAUGACUAUUGGGUAGAUCUUUGGAUCUUUUCAUACCUAGGUCAUUUAUUUUAUCACGUUUAAAAAAAAACCCUUGAGAAAUGGUUGGGUCUUUGAAUCAUAGCAUCUCUACUAAUUGUAAAAUUGCUAUAUGGUUUGGAUGAGUUACUUUCAUUCCAAAUCAGGCCCUUUAAACUUGCUCUGCUACUCAUACAAUCGUAUAGAAUGGUUGGUUAAGCUUCUGAAUCGGAUCUGGUAUUGUAACUGUGUCGGUAUGUUGUUUGUUGCUUGUUUGACAUUCCUGUAAUCUUUGAAAAAUUUUUGGUCAGUCUUGUUACUUUUCCCGACUUUGUAUCGGAUGAUUAAUAUUAAUGUAAGUGAGGGUUCACCUCUUUUUCUGGAAAAAAAAAAUCGGAUUUAGACACCUCUUACCUUCUUCUAGUCGGGUACAACAUUUGUGUAGGCCUCAAAUAAUUCGAUUAUGGCCCAAACUAUCCCGGCAAGAAUAUAUUACGGCGUUUGGACCGUAAUUUUGCAUCAACUCUACACUACAGAUUCUCAGUCGAAUUUCUUUUGGAAAUCUCUAUUUGUGUAAGUUUUCCAAUUUUCCAUCGUCAAAAUCUACACCACCGUGAUCUCAAUGAGACAUAAAUAUGGUAGUACUCUUAUUACUCCUCCUCCUACAGAAUCACCCUCGGCUGAGUCAAAAAUGAGAAUGAAUAUUGAGAAAUCCGACAAGAUGUCUUUGAUCUUCCUCACUGCUUGUUUUAUUGGUAUUACUUCUGCUUUCCUGAUCGGGUAUAUGCUCGGUAUCAUAGGAGGGGUUAUAUUUGGGACAGGAUAUGGGAACCACUUCUUGCCAGAAACUUACAACCGUUCCGUGGCCGUUUAUGGCGCUCUCAUCCCUUUUAUUCCUGCAAGUCUCUACUUCAGUGGUAUCAUUGCGAUAUUAGCGAGAAGAAAACCUGAAUUCAGUAGACUAGAUACGAGAAGACAUAUGAUCUUGUCCGGAGCGCUUAUGUCCAUGGGUUCAGCGUUCACUGCUCUCGCCACCACCGGACUCAUCCCUAUUAUGUGUGUUCUAGGUCCGACUCUGUAUGCUUACGGUUUUGGCUUAAUACAUCAGGGUGCUCAAGCGUAUAUGUCUGAGAUGGGUUUCGCCCAUAGAGACUACCUACCUUCCCUGAAUAUUGCUUUUAAAUUGACGAUUGCGAUCGGCAUCUUUGUGGCCAAUCUUGUGAACUGGAGCACCAACAGUAUCACAGAUGGGUGGGGCUGGAGACUUAGCAUAGGCAUUGCUGCAAUUCCUGCUGCUAUCACCUCCAUUGGAUCUUUCUUGCUCCCAGACACUCCAAUGUCCAUGAUUAAGUUAGGUAAGUUUGAUGACGCCAAACAGUUGCUCCAACGCCUCCAUGGCACCGACGACGGGGUUCAUGCACUGUUCAAAGAUUUAUUAGGCGCCAACGAAGCAUCAAAGUCAGCGAAAGGAUUUGAGAAGCAAAUUUUGUCUCAAACACAUAACAGGCCCUUCCGUUUGAUGGCAAUAGCUAUCCCCUUGUUCCAGCAGCUCACAGGAAUGAAUGUAAUAGUUUUCUAUGCUCCUUACCUUUUUCAAGCUGUAGGAUUUCGAACUAGUGAAGCUCUAACGUAUACUGCCGUCAUUGGAGGGGUCAAUGUUGCUGCAACUAUCAUUCAUAUAAUCUCGGUCCGUCAAGGUUGCAGAAGGUUUUUCCUCAUAGCUGGAGGAGUUCAAUUAUUUGUUGGUCAGAUCAUGUUGGGGAUUCUGAUACGGAUCAAAUUAGGAAAUUCCGAUGCGUAUGACUACUUAAUUAUAGCCACCAGCUGCAUUUGUGUCUCAGGAUUUGCCUGGUCAUGGGGUCCAUUAGGCUGGAUAUUUCUCUCUAGUGAUGAUGAUCUGCUACUACUAUACCCCUUGGAGGUUCGUUCAUGCAGCCAGAAUUUGGCUUCAAACGUGCAUUGGAUGCUUUCCUCUUUCGUCACUCUUGUAUUCCCCCCCAUAGUCUGCCUAUUCAAGUUUUAUGUUUUAUACGUGUUCGCUUUCUUUGGGGUGAUUAUAACUUUUCAUGCCUACUAUUUCAUGCCUAACACAAACCGAAUGCUGGUCGAAGAAGAUGUCUCUAAAAUAUGGAAGCAACACUGGUUCUGGAGAAGGUACUUCGUUGACCUUAACAACGAUGUCGAAGAAGAUGUCUCUGAAGUAUGGAAGCAACAUUGGUUCUGGAGAAGGUACUUUGUUGACCUCGACAAUGAUCUGAUAGUUUGAGUAGCCACUUAAGAUACAAUAACGAUCAGCCGUCAACCGUAAUCUAAUUAGUUUUAAAUUAAUUUUGCGACAUAAUUAGUGUUUAACAGAAUCAUUGUCUAAAACUAUGAUAUGAACUCGUAGCCUUUACCAGUAUUCAGUACUACUACCUAGAUUACAUUCACCAAUCCAUAUACGUGAUGAUCCAGCAUUAACCAUAGAUGUUCUUAUUGUACUGUGGCUGUUGUUUCUUUUGAAGGAAUUUUGGGU